CAGAUAGUCCCAUGGACUACAAGGAGACACGUGGUCACUAUACUGUUGUAUAAUAUUUCGAUUGUAAUUCAUCUUUAUAUAAAUAUAUAUAUUCAAUCACUCUUUUAGUAUAAAACAUACACUGACGCUGUGUUUUUAUUAAUUAGCAGAUCAUGGAUAAUAUAAAUAUUGGUAACACCGAAAAUAUGCCUCCAUCAGCUGCUGUAUGUUCCGGUAACAGGCUGAAACGUAGGCGUCCUCCUCCAGGCGUAAAGACAUGCGCACCAACGCCGUUUGACUCCGCCCCACCGGUCAAUGACGCUGCAUCAGAACUAGAUGCGGCCAUAGCUGUUAUUACCGGGGAUGUCACUUUCAAGACACCUAUGAGAUCUGCCUGUGUUAAACUAUUGACACAUCCUGUUGUAUACAGUCAGGACAUCGGUGCACAGCUAUCAGCAUACCGUCAGGACAUUGGUGCACAGCUAUCAGAGGAUUUUCAGUGCAGACCAGUCCUAGCAUCAGCCAUCCCCUCAUCAGAUGAUGAACCCCUGAGCUGUGCUCAGUUGUAUACACCCUCAUCACCACAGCCAAAGAAGAAGAAGAAGCAGAAGAAGCUGAUACAUAACAGAGCGGCGAUUCCAUUAUCAAGGGAGACGCAGACCAUUGAUAAUACAUGCUCUUCUGAGACACAAACACCUCGGGAGCCAACGACAAGAACAAUUGCUACACAGACGAAGCGGUGUAUUCAAACCGUCCCCAAGAAGGCCAUUAAAAGAACCGUGAAAGCCUCACAGGAGCCAACACAGACGAAGCAGUUGAUUCAAACCGUCCCCAAGAAGGCCAUUAAAAGAUCUGUGAAAGCCUCCAUUACCCAAGUCCACACAGGCAGCAGCAGCAGCAGCAGCAGCAGCAGCAGCAGCAGUAACGUCAACAAUACACCCUACGACUACUGCGCCGAUGACAUUGAGAUAAAUUCAGGUUUUGACGCAACGUCCCCACAGAGGGGCUGA